AUGUUUGAAACAAAUUACUCUGAAGUGUCUCAAUUUGUGUUGCUGGGACUUUCUACCUAUAGACCAGUGCAGCAUUUUCUCCUUGCUUUCUCUGCAGUGUUUUAUGUAACAAUUGUUCUGGGAAACCUUUUGGUUGUGUUUGCAGUGACUUUUGACCCAUACUUACAUUCCCCCAUGUACUUCCUUUUAGCCAAUCUCUCAUUUAUUGAUUUGUGCCUUUCUACCUUAACAGUUCCUAAGAUGAUUCAUAACCUAUACUCUGGGUACAAAACCAUAUCCUUUCAGGGCUGUGUCAUCCAGAUAUUUGCCCUUCAUGUCCUGGGUGGAUCCGAGAUGGUCCUGCUCAUCGCCAUGGCCUUGGACAGAUAUGUGGCCAUAUGCAAGCCCCUCCACUACCUGAUUAUCAUGAGCCCACAGAUGUGCAUUUUGCUUCUGGCCGGUGCUUGGGUUAUUGGCCUCAUUCAUGCAGUGGUCCAGGUAGCUUUUGUUGUCCAUUUGCCUUUUUGCGGUCCUAAUGAGAUAGAUAGCUUUUACUGUGACCUUCCUUGGUUUAUCAAACUUGCCUGCACUGACACCUAUAGAAUGGAAUUCAUGGUUACUGCCAACAGUGGGUUCAUUUCCAUGGGCACCUUCUUCUUAUUGCUCAUCUCCUAUAUCUUCAUCCUGGUCACUGUAUGGAAACGUUCCUCAGGUGGUUUGUCUAAAGCCUUUUCUACUCUGUCAGCUCACAUCACUGUGGUGGUUUUGUUCUUUGGACCGUGCAUCUUUAUUUACAUGUGGCCAUUUCCCACAGUGCCAGUGGAUAAGUUUCUUGCCAUUUUGGACUUUAUGAUCACACCCAUUCUGAACCCCAUUAUCUACACGUUGAGGAACAAGGACAUGAAGAUGGCAAUGAAAAGACUGAGUAGUCAAUUCCUGAGUUUGAGAAUAAUCUCCUAAAUAACUCAUGGGGAAACAAGUGGUGCCUUCUGCAAGCAAUACUGUGUGGAUAAGUGUUGAAGGGUUAUAUACUAUCUUAAGACAAUUUAUUUUUCAGUAGAACAAAAAUCUCAGAUAGUUUAUUCCAUGUUAAUGGUCAGUGGUGUGAUUAUAUGCAUAUUUAUUUAUCUAAGACCAUUUUGCCUAUUUUAAAAUUUUAAAAUACUGAAAACCUGCAUUUUGUGGGGCUCAUGAAUUUGAAGUCACCGUGCUGUAUUUGCAGAGCAAUGGUGUAAACAAAGUUUUCUGUGUUACUGGAUUGGAAUAUAUUCUCAUGUAGACAGAAUGAUUGAUUCUUACAACUUUUUUUUUUUUUUUGGGGUGAACAAAGCAUU